AUGGAGCACUUCUGGCGCAUAGAAGAAGUCGAAAAUCCGCGAAAUUAUUCUGUUGAAGAGCAGGAGUGUGAGACCAACUACGUAUCCGGUGUUUCCCGCACAGUGGAAGGAAGAUAUAUCGUGCGACUUCCGCGACAUGUAGAUUUUGAUCACAUGUUGGGGGAAUCUAAAUCUGCUGCUAUCCGCCGUUUACAUUGUCUCGAAAAUCGUUUAAGCAGGGAGCCCCAUUUGAUGGAAGAAUACCAUUCUUUCAUGUCGGAAUAUCUGUCACUCGGUCACAUGAGACUCGUUUCGGCAAACGAAACGGAACCGGCGCAGGUAAACUACCUACCUCAUCAUGCCGUAAUGAAAGAAGCCAGUACCACCACGAAAGUUCGGGUAGUCUUUGACGGAUCGGCUAAAACAUCAACAGGGUAUUCCCUUAACGACGGCCUUCUGGUAGGUCCGAUUGUCCAAGAUGAGUUACUCACUCUUGUUCUACGAUUCAGAAAAUACCCCGUAGCUCUUGUCGCGGACAUCGCUAAAAUGUACCGUCAAGUGCUACUGCACACCGAUGACACGCCACUGCAACGAAUACUCUGGCGAUUCCGCACGGAAGAGCCGAUCGCAACGUAUGAGCUGUUAACAGUAACAUAUGGUCUUGCUCCAUCUUCUUUUUUGGCGACGCGUACCCUGCAACAGCUCGCUGGCGAUGAAGAAGAUGCCUACCCUCUAGGUGGUCCAGCACUGAAGAAGGGAUUCUACAUUGAUGACUACAUAGUGGAACCAUUUCUGUGGAGGAGGCAAUACAGACACGCAAAGAACUCGACGAGCUGCUGGCAAAGGGAGGUUUUCAGCUGA